UUGAUUUUGUGGUCGCUUUACUGCCUCAGUUGGACCGCGUUGCAAAGUGUGGCUCUUUAAAGUGAAUUCUAGGAAUUGUUAAGACAGCAGCCGAUUAUUCCCGCGCCUGCUACCGCUCUCGUGUCCAACUGUGGAUUUGUUGAGGCUCAUCAACUAACUUAACUUACUGUCUGCAGAGGGUUGGCAAUACACACGUUAGCGCUUUAAGGCAUCGGGGGUGAAGUCAGUAGUAAGCAAGAACCACGGGAUAGCCACACAACCACGGAUUAUUUUCGACCAAAUGAACAAACUUGACAGCUGUGUACUGAAAUGAGUGUCCCAAUGAACUUUAGAGGGCUGCCUCCCCACAUACUGGAGGGUGUUUACACGAAAUCUGAUCAGCAAAGAAUAUCCAGAUCAUCAGAAAACAACCUCACUCCACUCACCUUUCCCAAAUCCAAAGUUGCUCUCUGGGACCCCACUCCUAAUGGGGAUGUGGUGAGCCUUCACCUCUCUUAUUACAGGAACCCUACACUACUUGUGACGGAGAAAGCACUUCGUUUAGCCCAUCGUCAUGCUCGACAGAGUAACAACACAACAUUUUCGUGCUUCUUGUUGGGAGCCUUGUCUGUGGAAAAUGAUGAGGAGAGUGUGACCUUGAAGUUAGAUCGCUUUGACCCGGGACGAGAACAGCCAGGCUGCUUGGGAAAGGCACCGACGGCUGUGUUACCUGGGGACUUCCUGGUGCCCUGCACAGUCUGCACACAAGGCGUGCUGUCCACUGACACCAUGGUUCACUCUGCUGAUGACUUCAACAUCUCAUUCAAGAUGCUUCAGCAUGGCUGUUGCAGCAGAGAGGCUAUGGAGCUAUCAAAGCUGCUCACUCUCCGGGCUCACGUGGGCUGUUCCGAGCACUUGGACAGUGUGAAUUUCAGUCUCAACUGGGUGGCCGUCACAAUUGCUAACACACUGGAUGCUGUGCCUGUGAAGCCAGUCCCCAUCAUCCCCACCGCCCUCGCCAGAAACCUCAGCAGUCCAGCUAGCUUGGCCCAGCCACUGAGUGGAUGCCGAAAGCAGGGGUUUCUGACAAUGGAUCAGACCCGCAAACUGCUACUGCUGCUUGAGUCAGACCCAAAGGCCUACACUCUGCCACUUGUAGGAGUAUGGCUGAGUGGCAUCACGCACAUUCACAAUCCCCAGGUGUGGGCGUGGUGCCUGCGGUACCUGUACAGCUCCUCCCUGCAGGACAAGGUGAUGUCAGAGGGCGGCGCGUUCCUGGUUGUCCUGUACUCGCUGACCCACAGGGACCCGGAGUACUACCAGUGCCAGCUCUACAGCGGGCAGCAGGAGAUGGGCUUCCAGCUGCUCACGAGCACAGACACGCUAACUCUCUACAAGCAUGUGGAGGUUUCUGAAGGAAGGGUUCUGCAGUUUGAGUUGAGCGCUGAGCACCAGAACCAGGAAACAGAGUUCUUCAAGGAAGUAGUGUCCCGUGCAUCCAUCAGCAGAAGUACAGCAGUGUCCGCCGCGUGCUCUCCCCAGAGCAAGCUCUCCGUCACUGACCACGACUCCGGGGUGGAAGACGAGGACCUCUCCCCCAGACCGUCCCCCAACCCGCACCCCCUCAGUCAGCAGACCAAGCGGGUGCAGCCGUCGGUGCCUGAGUUGUCUCUGGUGAUGGACGGCAGUUUUCUGGACGGAAGGAGGGGUGCAGGCCAUGAAGCCGCUGCCCCUCUGGGACACUCGGGUCCUCCCGCUCCGCAGCGCAGGGGCAGCGGCGGGUUUCGCCCCCCAGAGCAGGCCCUGCCGAACGGCCCACCUCCCAUUAGGAGACCCCUCACCCCCGUCAUCCCGCAGGGAAAGGCCCUGAAGGGCCACACCAGCCCCGGCCAGCAGCAGCUCCAGCCCUGCCCGGGCAGGAAGUCCGGCCCGCCCUCUGGGAGGAAGAGUACGGGGGGCUCUUCGGCCUCCUCCACCUCAUCGUCUUCGUCUUCCUCCACUCCCAGAGCCCCGUGCGCCUCUGCUCCCCUGCGGAGGAUCCCGCCCCCCACAGGAGAGUGCUGCCGGAGCCCACCCCCGCCUGCCAGGCGCAGUGCUGCCUGGGCCAGCCUGGUUACCACGUGCUGCCGGCCGGCCCCGCCCUCCCCAUGGCCGGGGGAGCAGUGGGCCUCCUGCCCGCCGAUGUACAGGAUCCUGGUGGAUCAGGACCGCCAGCUGAAGCUGCUGCAAGCCCAGAUCCAGAGGCUGCUGGAGGCUCAGGGUCAAGCAGCCAGCCCCUCUCCUCUGGCCAGCCCACCUCCUCCGGGGCCCUUGGAGCAGGCCAGGACCCAGCAGGAGAGCCUGGGCACACAGGCAGAACCGGCCAGGAAGAGCGUCAGUGUUGCAGUGUGCACCGGAGCCAGCUUGUUCUGGAGCUCUCCUGCAGACUGCUCCUCUCUCAGGGACAGCUCUUCGGGGCCCGAGUGGCAGUCGGAGGCAAAAUCAGGGUCCGUGUCCGUCUGUGUGGGGCCCUCACCCCGUGGCAGCAUGGCCCCCUCACUCGCCGAUGAACCCCCCCACUUCACUCGCCAGGCCGAGGACACGGACGAGCCCACGAGGUCACACCCCAACACCCCCAGUUUUCCAUCUGGUGUUGGAGGCCAGGAUUUUCAGAGCGCAGUGCUGGGGGAGAGUGCCAGCAUGUGCUACCAGUCCCAGUCUCCGGUCAGAGACGGGCAGUGUCAGGAAGCUGGACAUGAGGAGCAGGACCAGAAGUUUUAUCAGGAGCUGCUGGGCCAGGUGCACAGUCGUCUCCAAGGUUGCACAAGUGGGGAUGAAGAGGAGGAAGAGGAAGCCAAGCGGCUGUCACACUCCAAGUCGAGAGAAAGCUUCUCUCCCCCAAAGUCACAGCCCCUCUGUGCCUUUCCUUCUCCCAAGCCUCGCAGGCAAAAGAGAAACUCCAGCCCCAAGCAGUCGGAGAAGGACCAGGUGCUACAGGCUACCCUCAGACAGCUGAAGCAGCUGGGUGUGACCGUGGAGCUGGACUCUACCGGCCGCAGCAAGGCAACCCGCACCACCAUAGACAGCGCUAGCACUCUGGCCUGCAUAAACCCAGACGCAGUGGUUCCCAGGUUGGCCCUCUCUGAAUCUGUAGGGGCAAGCAUCUGGGGUCCGAGCGGCAGCACGGAUCUGAGCCUGGAGGCCAACGCCAUCGCGCUAAAGUACCUCAGCGACUCCCACCUCUCACAGUUCUCAAAGGGAGCACGGCUAGCAGGACCGCUGGAUGCCCACAGUGCAUUGCUCUCAAGGGGAGCCGCAACGGAAAAGAGUGGUGUGGGGCUCAGCAUACUAUCGCCAAGCAACAUGUCCUUUGCCACCAAGAAGUACAUGAAGAAAUACGGACUGAUGGAGUGUGGAGACAGCAGUGAAGAGGAGGAAGUGGUCAGUGAUGAGGAGGAACUCACGGGUUCUCAGCAGAUGGAAAGCUCCGGGAACUUAAUUGUGAGACAAGGUGGGAAAGAGGAGGAGAGGAGUUUCAUCCUUAAAAACAUCACAAAUGAGUUACCGCACUCCUUCCCUCUACCCCUCCAGAAAUCUCUGGAUACACAGAGCCAGCUGCUCCGAGACUUGCGCCCAAAAAUGCAGCUCCUUUCCUGUGGUGGCAAAAAAAGCCCUCCGAAUGAGAACAGUGCACCCCCGCCCCCAGCAAACAUGCAGCCCAGACUAGCAGAAACCCAGAGAACCUCAGGGUCAGAGGAGUCUAUGGGGAACUUCCUUGACCUGAGCCGUCUCCGACAGCUGCCCAAACUCUUCUAACCACCUGGCAAUGAGCACAGUGAAACAACGAGGGAAAAUACUUUGGUUUAUUAAAGUUUAAUCUUAACACAAGUUUUAAAGUUUGGGAGUACUUUCAACAAAAUGGUUUACUGGAGAUUUCCUGAAAUUUAUUAUCCAAGACUGAAUUGUGGAAAACUAUUUGUCUUGUUCAGGAUUGACAUGGGAAAAAGCUAUUUUUGCAGCACUAAUAGCACUGUAGCAAUAACCACAGUUAUUGAAACUUAAAGGAAACAUUCACUUUCUGGAUAUUUUUUUAUAUUGUUUCAGUUUUGGUAUGUGAUGAAGGGUAUUUUUGAUAUUUGCAGAUGUUUCUGACUUUGCUUGAUGAUGGAUCGUAUAAGGCAAUCAUAAAUUUGUGGUUUACAGCAAGAAAUAAUGUGCAUUAAGUAACCUCGCAGCAGCAUAUACAGUCCUGUUGUGCCUCCAGAGGCUGUACAUAUGAACACAAUUUUAUUAUGUCUUCAUUAUUAUAAACAUUAUUCCUUGAUCUUGGUGGUCUUGGGUGGCAUAGGAAAUACUUAUUUUUAUCUUGUCAAUUUGCAAGCUAAAUUGCCUGGUCUGUGUGUUUUGCUUUAAAUUACUAGCCUGGGAUUGCCUCAUACCAGCCAUUGUAAAGCUGAAAGACCAUCAGAAACUUCUGUAAAUAUCAAAAGUGUUCUUUGCAGACCACAAUGUUCUGGUCAAUCAAAACCAUACACACGAAAGCUACAAUUAUUUUUUUAAACUUCAGAAAGUAAACCAUCCCUUUUUCAAUGGUUUACAUGUAAUCUUAAACUUGAUUGUACAGUGAUUGUGUAUUUACUUUUAAGUGUUUGUUUUUUUUAUAUUUAAAACCUCACCUACUAUGGUUGUAAUAUUCUGUCCUAUUUUUACACUGUUGUCAUUGUACAUUGUUCCGGUAGAACAAGUACUACUAUUUUUUGCCACUUACCUUGUUGUGCCUUUUUAAAAAUGGAAUUAAGGACCUGGUGCAUAUUAAGUCUUGCCAGAGUGCCAUGAUUUACCAGCAGUUUUUUAUUUUUUUAUUAUCACUGCAGCUCCAGCAUUUCAAUGUAUGUUUGUCUGUGACAUGGUUAAUUUGUGUUUUGUUUUUUUGUGCCCAGGUUAUGACUGAGUCUUUAAAAGGCCUGUAGUAAGAAUUGGCUUUCGGAACUAUAACUAAGGGGAAGGAUAAAGGUGUAACUUCAAACAGCCCUUUUCCUCUCAUGAAUUUGAUUGCUGUGAAUAAAAUCAGUAUUAUAACUUUAUUUUAUUGAAGUUUAUAUGCUUAUUUAAGGCUGUGUGUUUUUUGUUGUUCUAUUCAGCAUUUAUGUGUAUAAAUAAAGAUCUCCUUGAUUCCUUUU